AUGCCUCCUAAAGAAAGAAAAACGAAAGAGCAAAUUGCUGCAGCAGCAGCUGCAUCAGGAAGAAGCAAGAAGAAGAAAUGGGGUAAGGGAAAAAACAAAGAGAAAUUAAACCAUGCCGUUUUUAUUGACAAAGCGUUACAUUCGAAAAUUUUGGAAUGCAAAAACAUGAAAGUUAUUACUCCCUCGAGUAUAUCGGAGAAAUAUAAAGUAAAUUUAAGUGUAGCUCGAGCAGUUAUUAAACAUUUAGCGGAAAAAAAUCUGAUAGUGGAAGUGUGCAUACAGAACCACAGCCAGAAGCUGUACACGAAGGCAGCUUGA